AUGGGGACGACAGGACUACAAUCAACGCUGUGGCUCCUCUACCUUACGCUGCUGGUCAGCGUGCUCGCUCAAACUGCAGCAAACUCAUCCCAUCUGGGCCGAGUCUGCACGACCUGGGGACAGAACCACUGGAAGACAUUUGACGGGGACUACUUCCAACUGGUUUCCACCUGCACACAUGAAGUGGUGUCACAGUGCCAGGGCUCCUUUGAAAAUUUCAACAUCCAGAUGAAACGCAAGCUGGUGGACGGCAUCUCCAGCAUUGAGCGAAUCUUAGCGAAGCUGGAAGGUUCUGUGGUUCUCAUCACAAGAUCCAUCUCGGUGAUAGAUUAUGCCGAAGACAACAAAGUGAGUGAUCCAACGGGUGUUUGCUUGGAGCCAGAACAAGCCAUUCCAGAGCUCUGCGGAAGCAAGAGUGCCUGCGAGGAAAUCUUCUCCAGAGCUCCAUUUAGCAGCUGCCAAAACCUCCUGGACAUUGAUUCCUUUGUCACCGCCUGCAUGUCUGAUCGAUGCAACAGUGACGAUUCCCUUCUGUGUAAAACAGUCUCAGAGUUCUCAAGGCAGUGCAUCCAUGCAGGUGGACAGCCUCAGCAGUGGCGGAGUCCAUCUUUUUGCCCUAAGACGUGUCCCACUGGCAUGGUGUUCAUGGAGUGCAGCAGCUCAUGUCCCAACACUUGCUCCAACCCUCAGGCCUCCCAGACUUGUGACACCCACUGUAUGGACGGUUGCAGCUGCCCUGCUGGAACUGUCUUGGAUGACAUUGGUGAAAAUGGCUGCGUAGCAGUGGAAUCCUGUCCUUGUUUGCACAGCGGCAAGGCCUACAAAUCUGGAGAGUCGUAUGAAUACAACUGCAGAUCUUGCACGUGCCAGAACGGUCGGUGGUCUUGCACUGAAAACGAUUGUCCAGCGACCUGCUCUGUGGAAGGGGGCUCCCACAUCAACACAUUUGAUGGCAAGGCCUACACAUUUCAUGGAGACUGCAGCUACAUAAUGGCACAGGUCAUCAAAGUUCAAUCGUCCGGUCAGGUCUUUGUGAACAAGAUUCUCUCUCAGCUUCCAUUGUUUACCUCGAAGCUGAGCGCCUACAAAGCUUCAUCCUUCUACAUCCACAUGAACACCAGGUUUGGCCUUCGACUGAUAAUUCAGCUCAGUCCAUUGAUGCAAGUCUACAUUUCAGCAGACAGUUCACUCAAAGGGACCACUUCAGGUCUGUGUGGAAACUUUAACAACAUCAUGAGUGAUGACUUCAAGGUGAGCAGUGGGCUUGUGGAGGGUACAGCAGCAGCCUUCGCCAAUGCCUGGAAAACAAGAGCAUCUUGUCCAGAUGUUUCGACGCGCUUCACUCACCCUUGCACACAGGGAAUCAACAAAGAGGACUUUGCCAAGUUCUGGUGCUCCAAACUCACUGACCCCAAUGGAGUGUUUGCACCGUGCCACAGUUCCAUCAGCCCAACAACCUACAAAGACAACUGCAUGUACGACACGUGUAGCUGUGAGAAGAGUGAAGACUGCAUGUGUGCUGCUGCCUCUGCGUAUGUCUACGCUUGCUCAGCUGCAGGCGUCCAGCUUACUGGAUGGAGGGAUGUCAUGUGCAGCAAGUUCAGCACUUCAUGCACUCCAGGAACUGUGUAUGAGUACAGCAUGACCAGCUGUGGCCGCACUUGCUACGCCCUCAGCCAGGUGGACUACACCUGUGACUCAAGCUUCCCCUCAAUCGACGGUUGUGGAUGUUCAAUGGGAACAUACAUGGAUGAGAACGGCCGUUGCGUGUCUGCCUCAGACUGCUCUUGUUAUGACGGAGAAAACAUAAUUCCAAGUGGUCAAACUAUCAACAAAGAUGGAGGAACAUGUUUCUGCAGAGAAGGACGUCUUAGCUGCCAAGGACUUCAAACACAAGUGACACCCUCAUGCAAGGAGCCCAUGGUUUAUUUCAACUGCUCCGAUGUGACGCCCGGGAGUUCUGGAGUCGAGUGUCAGAAGAGCUGUGGGACUCUGGACAUGGCUUGUAUGAGCACUGGCUGCACAUCAGGAUGCAUGUGCCCAAAUGGUCUGAUCGCAGAUGGACUUGGAGGUUGUAUCAGCGAGAGUAGCUGUCCGUGUGUGUACAAUGGAAAACUCUACCAACCUGGAGAGACACUCACCGUUGACUGCAACACAUGCUCAUGUCGCAACAGGAAGUUCACCUGCACCAACAACAUUUGCGAUGCUGUGUGUGGUAUCUAUGGUGACGGCCAUUACAUUACCUUUGAUGACAAGAGGUUUGAGUUCAGUGGAGAAUGUGAAUACUCACUUGCUCAGGACUACUGUGGCUCUGGCAGUGGAAGCUUCAGAAUUGUUACUGAAAAUGUUCGAUGUGGAACCACAGGAACGACCUGUUCCAAAACCAUCAAGAUCUACCUCGGGAGUGACGAGUAUCUCCUCAAAGACGAGACCCUUCGAGUGGUUAAGGGCAGCAGCCCCUCUCAGGUAUCCAAGAUGGGCAUUUACCUAGUGGUGGCCAUCAAACCAGGACUAGUGGUCAUGUGGGACAAGAAGACCAGUCUGUUCAUCAAACUUGGUCCACAGCAUCAGGGAAAAGUGUGCGGUCUUUGUGGAAACUAUGACGGCAAUAGCAAGAAUGACUUCACCACACGCUCCCAGGAGACAGUAGCAGAUGUUCUGGAGUUUGGUAACAGUUGGAAGGUUUCAUCUGGAUGUCCUGAUGCCAAGCUAUCAACAGAUCCCUGUACCAGCAACAGAUACCGUGCAGCAUGGUCCCAGAGGCAAUGCAGUAUCAUCACCAGUGUCACGUUUCAAGACUGUCAUUCAAAGGUGGAUCCUGGUCCAUACUAUGAUUCGUGUGUCAGAGAUUCUUGUGCUUGCGACACUGGUGGGGACUGUGAGUGUUUCUGCACAGCUGUUGCUGCCUACGCAAAAUCUUGUAAUGAAGCUGGAGCCUGUGUAAAAUGGAGAACUCCAAAGCGAUGCCCCGUGUUCUGUGACUACUAUAACUCCCCCGAUGGCUGUGAGUGGCACUACAAGCCCUGUGGUGCUGACUGCAUGAAAACCUGCAGGAAUCCCUCUGGAAAUUGUUCUGCUCUCAUCACUGGCCUGGAAGGAUGUUACCCACAGUGUCCACCAGCCCAACCUUUUUUCAAUGAGGACUCAAUGACCUGUGUUGCCUGGGAACAGUGUGGCUGUUAUGAUGAUCAGGGCACCAACUAUGGAAUUGGGGAUUAUGUACCAUCAGAAAACUGCUACAGCUGCUCGUGCAAACUAUCAGGAAUUAGUUGCGUCUAUGACGUAAACUACUGCUCUUGCUUUGUCAAUGGGAAAACUUACAAGUAUGGAGAAACCAUUUACAACACCACAGACGGCCUGGGCAGUUGCAUGGAAGCUGUCUGUGGACCUGAUGGAGUUGUUUCAAGAGACGUGUAUUCAUGUCCAAAGACUACAACGCCUCUUCCUACAACAACUCCAUUCACAUUCAGCACAGUGCCAAAGGGUGUCUGCAUCUAUAACAUGACUGAGUUUGAGCCCGGUGAGAAGAUACCAAAAGAACCAGAACCAACUCCUCGACCUCCUACGGACAACUCCUGGACCUUCAGGACCAGAACAGCCAUCUGGUACCACACUGGGAACAACUGCCCCACCAUCUGGAACAGGUCAACCCUCAGGAACAACAGUAUCCCCUCCAGGAAGUGGUCAACCAUUAGGAACAACGGCACCAGUAACCAGACCAGCAACAACAGCAUUGACAACAGCACCGCCACAAGGACCAGGACAGCCAUCAGGCACAACACCAAAAACAACAGCGGUCUCACCAGGAACUGGUCAACCGAUUGGAACAACAUCAGGUACCAGAACACCACCAUCAGGAGUGACAACAGCACCUCCAGGACCUGGACAGCCAUCUGGGACAACUUUUGCAGGGACAACGGCACCAAUCCCGGGAACUGGUCAGCCAUCAGGGUCGACUACAGGAACAACAGCACCACCAUCUGGGCCUGGCCAACCAGUGGGAACGACAGUUGGUACAACUGGGCCUCCACCAAAACCAGGAACUCCAGCCAGUACUACUGUAGACACCACAGCGCCCCCAUCAGGACCUGCUGGAACAACAGGUUCACCGCCGGGCCCUGGUCAACCAUCAGGAACGACGCCAACAACAACAGGCCCCCCAACUGGCCCAAGUCAACCCCUGGGUACAACACCAAGAACAUCUGUACCACCACCAGGACCAGGUCAACCAUCAGGAACAACACCAAGAACGACAGGACCCCCAUCUGGACCAGAACAACCAACUCAAACAGCAGAAGGAACAACAGCUCCACCUUCUGGUCCCAGUCAACCCUCUGGCACAACAGCAGCAACGACAGCACCACCACCUGGACAGCCUUCUGGCACAACAGCUGCUACAACAGCACCACCACCUGGAUCUGGUCAACCUUCUCACCAUCUAGUACACCGGAAACGCCAUUAAAAUCGGGACCCUGCACAGAAUGUUAUUGUGGCCCAAGAAUGGAUCCUGAGACAGGGCUUAAUAUAAUCUCAUGCCAGCCUAUUGUCUGUGACACGACCUGCUCUGAGGGUUAUGAGUAUGAACCUGAUCCAGUCAUGUGCUGUGGAAAGUGUGUCCAGAAGAGCUGUGUUGUUACUGCACCAGAUAAUUCUACACUCUUCAUUCGGGUCAACGAAACGUAUGUUUCCCCUGAUGAUCCAUGUGUCAAAUACACUUGUGAUAAGAUCGGUGAUACACUGAUGACGACUGAGAUUGUCAAGUCCUGUCCACCCUUCAACCCUGAUGACUGUGAACCUGGCACAGAGACGACUGAUGCUGACGGAUGCUGCAAGUCUUGCAAGCUGCGCAGUGUCUGUGAGGUAGAGACUGAAGAGAUCAUCCUGGAGACUGACAAGUGUAGAACAACUGUGCCGGUCAGCGUCACCUCCUGUGCAGGCCACUGUGGAAGCACAUCUAUAUAUUCUGCUGCAGCCAACUCCAUGAUGCACCAGUGUGAGUGUUGCCAAGAGGACGCUACCAGUCAGAGGCAGGUGGAGAUGACCUGCGAGGAUGGAACCAAGAUCCAGCACACCUACACCGUGGUGGAAUCAUGCCGCUGCACCAAAGCUGAGUGUGUGCCAGGGACCACAGCACGACCACGCCGCAGGAGACGAUGAGCACCGACAUACUGAGCGCCGUGAAUGACGACAAUGAAAGACACGCCUUAAAUCACAAUCUUUGACUCAACUUUUUAGACUUUACUUUUUGUUCUGUCAUUUUGGACAGGGUGUGAUGUCUCUCUCAAUUUUCUUUAAAAUCAUGAUUAUUAAAAUUA